AACAUUUAAAAAAAAUAGACUAUAUCAUACUAUCUAUAUAUAUACAAUAUAUAAUGUGUGUAUAUAUAUGUGUGUGAAUAAAUAUAUAUAUAUAUAUAUUAGGGAUGGGAAAGUCGAUCCGUCGAUUCUUCGAUACCCCGAUUUUUUGAUACAUAAUCGAUAAUCGAGGAUCGGCGAAAAUCACCGAUUAUUAAAAUUCUGCAGGAUGUAGACGUAAAGUGCUGCCUAGCAGCGGUUCAUCGCUGUCGUUGCAGUAAUUUUAGUCAGUUUUACAACUAAAUAAAUAACCAUAAACGAUAUAAUAAAUAAUAAAUGAAAUAUAACAUAGCUUACCACAGCUCAGUUGCCACAAUCCCGUAAGCGGGAACGGAGGUUGGCGAUUUCGUACUGUGCAUUUAGGGUUAUUUAUUUAUUAACGCAGUGUUAUCGUAUAAAGAAAUUGUAGCCCAACUUUUACUUGCUGAAUACACCCACAUUGGUAGCCAUGUGCACAAAAUUUCAAGAUUCUACUGAGAAGUGUGCCACGUUUUCUACGUUUCUAGUAUAUUUAUUCACUUGCGUUGUUGCAUAUUUAUUUUCGUCAAUGAUUUUUUUUGUUAACCAGCAUUUGUCUAUACAUGAACUUUCACAGGUUUGCCAACUUCCGGUACAGAUCUUAUUCUCAAUUACUUAACGAUAAAAUGCAAGAAUAAUGUGGCCAUAGCCCGUAACAUUUUACGAGUUACGUAUUUUCCGUAAUUUAUUUAAUAACAGUAAACAUUAAAUCACCAGUUAAUUACGCAACUUAAACAUAAAAUUUCAAUGGACGUUUUUGAAACACGUUUUCAUUCCAGUAAGUUACCAGUACGGCAACUGUAGAAAUUUUCUUACAUGCUUUUGUUUCCAGUGAUGCUUCUUUGUUUGAAUGUUGGGUAAUGUUAGCGCAAUACGAAUAGUAAAAUAACAUUUUUAUUUACGUGAUGUCUAGUGAAGUGUGGAAAUACUUUGUCAUCGACCGACAAAAUUCUGGCUACGCAAUAUGUCAAAUCUGUAAAUGUACAAUCUCACGUGGCGGUAAAUCUAAAACUACAACAAACAUGAAAAAACAUCUCGAAAACAAGCAUGGGAGUUACGUUCAUGAGACGAAGAAACAAAGGCUACAUUCAUCGGAAUUGAGCGAGAUUGAAGAAAAUGAAAUAGAUGAUAGUUCAGCACAAAAUUGUUCUUCAGAGACAACCUUGCCAUUGUCAUCAAAUUCAGAUGUUAGGCCUACUGCUACUGAUUCAUCGAGAGGCAGCGGUUCAGUGUCCCCGAGGCAUGCUGAGAAAGUUGGCCAAACGAAUAUUUCAUCAAGAACACCAAACCAGUAUAGGCUAACUCCUAAAAGUCAAUACCAGCCUACAUUACAAUCAUUUAUUGAUAAAACUGCACAAUUCAAGUCCACUGAUCCUCGUGCAAAAUCAAUAACUCAGCACAUAGGUAGAAUGAUGUGCUUAGACAAUCGUCCUUUUAGCAUGGUUGAAGACAGAGGAUUCACAGAAUUUGUCAAAUUCCUUGAGCCUAGGUAUGUUUUGCCCAGCAGAAAACAUUUUUCAAAUACUGUUGUACCACACAUGUACCAAGAAUGUAGGGAAAAUGUGAACAAAAAGUUGGACGAAGCUGAACAUGUGAGUCUUACAACAGAUAUGUGGACUUCAACAGCCAAUGACGAUUCUCUUGGUCUAACUGUGCAUUUUGUUGAUUCCAAUUUUGUCUUGCAACACCUCAACAUUGGGGUUAUUCCCUUUCCUGAAUUAUCUCACACAGGGAACAAUUUGUGCAAUUUUAUCACAGAAACACUUGAAGAAUGGAAGCUGCAAUCUAAAGUUGUUGCCAUUGUAAGAGACAAUGCCAGGAACAUAACUGCUGGCCUAGAAUCAUCCGAAUAUGAACAUCUGCCAUGCCUAGCACAUACCCUGCAGCUUGUUGUAAAGGAAGGGCUACUGAACAACAAGAAUGUAAAUAAUCUGAUUGCCAACGGUCGUCGCAUAGUUGGCCAUUUCAAACAUUCUUGUAAGGCGACAAAAGAGUUAAAGAAGGCUCAAGCCACGCUGAAAAUGAAAAAACAUAAACUUAUCCAGGAUGAACCAACGCGUUGGAAUUCAUCUCUCCAUAUGCUACAGCGCUUACUUGAGCAAAAACAGUCUGUUUCUUUAGCAUCAGCAACUCUGCAGUUACCUGUGACUUUUUCAUCAGCAGAAUGGAACCUGAUGACAAAUGUAGUAAACCUUUUAAGUAUUUUCAACCAUGCAACAUUGGCUGUAAGUACUCAGUGUGUGACAGCCUCAGAAGUCAUACCUAUAAUCAACAGUUCUACUGAAGAGCUAAGGAAACCAGCACCUACUGGAUCAGGUGUACAGGGCAUCAAAAAUGAUAUGCUUGCUGCCAUAACUUUGAAGUAUUCUGAUGUUGAAGAGAAUAUGUUGUACGCAGUUGCAACAUUACUGGACCCACGAUUUAAACACCAUGUUUUUGUGCAGGACGGUAAUGUCACAAAAGCGAAAGUUUUUUUGAUUGAAGAAGCAAGAAAAACUAUCUGUUUGAAACAACCUGAAACUGAGUCUGUGCCGCAAACAUCCAGCCAAGCAAUGGAAAGCCAUGGUAUGUGGACAUUUUACUCAAACAUAAUGAAGACUGCCCCAAGUGUAAGCCACAUCGCAUCAGUUGAAGAUGAGAUUAAUGUUUACUUGGAAGAACCUAUUCAAAAUUCAAGUACCAACGUUUUCCAGUAUUGGAAAGAAAAUACCAAGUACCCAUGUUUAAAAAAACUGUCAAAGAAAUUUCUUUGCAUUCCACCUUCAACUGUACAUUCCGAGCGAUUAUUCAGCACUGCAGGACUGAUUGUUGAUCAGAAACGGAACCGUUUAGAUCCUGAACGAGUCAAAAUGUUGGUUUUUUUAAAUAAGAAUUUGUGAUCUAAUAAGAAUUUAGGAUCUAAUAAGACUUUGUGAUCUAAUAAGAUGCUUUGCCAGUUUUCAUUUAUUAUUUUAAGAACUUUCAAUUUUAUUUUGUCAAAAGUGUUGUUUUUAUGAUAUUUCACUAUGUUGUCAUUUAUUUCAAAGGUAUAAAGAUUGAAUUUGGUAGUUUCUGGUUUUUUACAAUAUUUUUAAUAAUCACAACUUUUUGUGGCUAUUUAAAGUUUGAUUGAUAAAUGUUAAUGAUUGUACAUUUAGUAAUUAAUAUACUAUUUAUUAAAUUGUAUUCCAAUGAAAUUGUUAGUAUUUUGAUGACUUUACGACAAUUCACUUUUUAUUAGUACUACUGACCUAUUACUAAAUUACGUAUUCUCUUUUCAAAAUUAC